CCCACAGUCCGACACACUCCGGUAAAGAUCGCCCACCCAAUGCCAUCGCCGCCGCCGUCCACGGCAGCGGCGGCGGCGCUGCAGCUGGAGCCCCUCCUCCCGCACUUGUCCACGCUUUCCCAUUACAAGCAGUUCCACGCGCGCCUCCAUGCCUUGGGCACGCUCCAUUCCUACCCUUCCCUCCGCGCGCGCUUCCUCGACCGCCUAGCGCUCUUGCCGCACGCCGACGCGCUUCCGCACGCGCUACUCCUCCUCCGCUCCCUCCCGUCCCCCGCAACCAACGACUUCAACGCCGCCCUGCGCGGCCUAGCCGCCUCCCCGCACCCUGCGCGCUCUCUCCUCCUCCUUGCCGGCCGCCUCCUCCCUGCUCCCGCCCCGCCACGGCCUCGCCUCGAUGCGCUCUCCCUCUCCUUCGCGCUGAAGGCCACAGCCCGAUGCUCCGACGCGUUCGCCACACUCCAGCUCCACGCGACCCUUUUUCGCCUCGGUGUGGCUGCUGAUGUCCGCCUGAUGACCACGCUGCUGGACUCCUAUGCCAAGUGCGGCGACGUCGCGUCCGCACGGAAGGUGUUUGACGAAAUGCCCGUGCGCGACGUGGCCACAUGGAACGCGCUGCUCGCAGGGCUGGCGCAGGGGACGGAGCCGAAUCUCGCUCUAUUGCUAUUCCGCAGGCUGGCAGGGAGCUUUCGGGAGUUGCCGCCAAGGGAGGAGCCAAAUGCGGUGACUGUUGUCGCUGCACUUUCUGCAUGUGCACAACUUGGAACCUUAAAGGAUGGAUUGGCUGUGCAUGAGUUUGCUCGUACAAUAGGAGCUGUGGACAAUGUUUGUGUCGGCAACGCACUUAUUGACAUGUACUCCAAGUGUGGCUCACUGAGCCGGGCUCUUGAAGUGUUCCAUUCCAUCAAGCUAGAAGACCGAACACUUGUGUCCUACAAUGCUACAAUUCAGGCGCUUUCCAUCCAUGGGCAUGGGGAAGAUGCACUGAAGCUGUUUGAUGAAAUGCCAGCUCGUAUUGAACCGGACGAAAUCACUUACCUUGCUGUGAUGGGUGGGUGCAACCAUGCUGGGCUUGUUGAUGAUGGGCGCAGGGUUUUUGAUUCCAUGCGGGUUCCUCCCAAUAUGAAGCACUACGGGACCAUUGUGGACCUCCUUGGCCGUGCAGGCCGCCUUGCUGAGGCAUAUGACAUGAUUAUGUCUAUGCCAUUUCCAGCGGAUAUUGUCCUCUGGCAGACAUUGCUAGGUGCUGCCAAGAUGCAUGGUAAUGUGGAUCUAGCGGAGUUGGCUGCCACAAAGCUUGCUGAUCUUGGCUCUAACGUUGAUGGUGACUAUGUGCUCCUGUCCAAUGUAUAUGCAUCCAAGUCCCGAUGGGUGGAUGUUGGUCGAGUCCGUGACACCAUGCGAAGUAAUGAUGUGAAAAAAGUCCCUGGCUUCAGCUACACAGAAAUAGAUGGCGUAAUGCAUAAGUUCAUAAAUGGUGACAAAGAACACAUGAGGUGGAGGGAAAUAUAUAGAGCAUUAGAUGAAAUUGGGUCAAGAAUCUGUGCUCUGGGGUAUGAGCCAGAAACGAGCAAUGUGCUACAUGACAUUGGGGAGGAGGAGAAGCAGUAUGCUUUAAGCUACCACAGCGAGAAGCUGGCUAUUGCAUUUGGGUUAAUUUCUACACCACCUGGGGAGACUAUUCGAGUGAUCAAAAACCUCCGAACAUGUGGAGACUGUCAUGUGGUGGCAAAACUUAUCUCUAAAGCCUAUAAUCGGGUGAUCAUUAUUCGGGACAGGGCAAGAUUCCACCGUUUCGAAGAUGGACAUUGUUCCUGCAGAGAUUACUGGUAAAAAUGCUGGCACACUGGUCACUUGCAGCCCUACUAAACACAACAUGUGCUCCUUGAGGAGAGUUCAAGUGAUGUGACUGCAUUUCUAGUCAAAAGUACGGAUGAAAGUGGAUGACAUACAUACUCUUGACCACCAUGUUACUGUCCAGAGGGCUCAUCAAGUUAAAAAGUUCUUAGAAGAUGCAAAGUUAUCUUACUUGCAUGAACUCCUGGGUUCGCAUAACAAUUCGAGAAGUGCCUUGGAAGCAGAACCAAAAAAUUGUGAUAACUGUGCAAGCUUUGAAUUGAAAUCGCUCCAUGACUGUUAUCAUUCAAUAUUUUCACAAUCUACAAGGUUUGUGACAAACUGACAAUGAAACAUAUUUUGAUAUUGUUCAUGUACAAAUUCUAAGAGGUUACUGGACUAUAGCUGC